CCCCACCCUCCAGGCGGGUAUGCGGCAGCACCAUUCCCCAUUAGACAACCAUCUUUUUAGAUUGAUUUUCUUUAAAUUAAUUCUGGUCAUCUUCUUUCUUCAACAGAGCAGCAGCUAUCUUACCUCCCAUGUAAGAAUAUCAUCUGAAUGCAACAAACUUCCAAAACAACAGCCCAUAUAGCUAUACUCAAAACUGAAAACAAGUAAGGGAAGGGAAAAAGGCAAAAACCUCCAAGUUCAAAUUCCAUACAUGGAUUCCCCAAACCCCAAUUCCCAACCUAUGAGAGUCCUUAUUCGGCCCCCAACUCCAAACCCACCACCACCCUCCCCUCCUCCUCCUACACCACCUGAUCCUUCACCCACCCAAAAUCCAACUCCCAUCCCAUCUCAGCAAAACGGCAUCGUUGUAGUGGGUUUCGUGGGCAGGCGCCACGGCGAUGUAACCCAACUGAUUAACCGAGUUAUUGACGCAAAUGUGUUUGGUUCUGGGAAUCUUGACACCCCCUUUCGUUUCAAUAAGCAAGAAUUGAUUAGUGAGGAGAUUGAGGAGUGGUUUAAGCUGAGAUGCAUCAGCUAUUAUUUUGAGGAGGAAAAAGGGAUUUUGUAUUUGCAGUUUUCUUCGAUUUCUUGUCCUAUCAUGGACGCGGAUUUGGAGUCUCAAUUGGGAUUUGACUCUUUAUUCGAGGACCGUGAAUUCGGUGAUCUUCAAGGAUUGCUUUUUAUGUUCUCUGUUUGCCAUGUACUAAUAUUAACCCAAGAAGGAUCACGCUUUGACACACAGAUUUUGAAAAAGUUUCGAGUGUUGCAAGCUGCAAAACAUGCUAUGUCUCCCUAUUUCAAAUCACAGAGUAUGCAACCAUUGACACCAAAUUCUCAUGCUUCAUCUUCUUCUAGAAUGUUCCUGUCAGGAGCAUCAUCAAAUAGUCCAUCUCCUGGUAGAAGCCGCAGCAUCUUAAAUCGUGGUGCUGCAGUGACAUUGAUGUCUGGCUUAGGUUCACACUCCUCUUUAUUGCCGGGACAGUGUUAUCCUGUUAUUCUUUUCAUUUUUCUUGAUGAUUUUAGUGAUGCUAAUUCUAGUUCUGCUUUGGGAGAGCAAGUGGAGGGUUCCCCGUUAAGUCAGUCAUCAAGUUCAAACAAUAUGGCUAGGCCAAACUUACCAACAAAGGGAUCUGGGUCAGUUGUUGUACUGGCUCGUCCUGUCAAUAAACCUGAAGGUGGUUUCAGGAAGAAAUUACAGUCAUCCCUUGAAGCACAAAUUCGUUUCUCUAUCAAAAAAUGCCGAAUACUUUCAAGCUCUGAAACUGGUCAUGCUGGUACAAGAAGUGGAGGCAUUUCAAGUGCAGCACCUUUAUUUUUGCUAGAUGCAUCAAAAGCUGUUAUACUUGUAGAUUUGUGCUCAAACCAUAGAGGUGAAUCUCUUGAGUUUGCCACUCGCCUUGUUGAAGAUGUUAUUGAUGGGAAGGCAACUUCAGAUUCUCUUUUGCUCGAAAGCAAUAGCCAGAGUGCAAACAAGGAGGACAUACUUUCAGUUAAAGAAUUCAUUUUAAGGCAGUCUGAUAUCCUGCGAGGAAGAGGGGGUAUGGUAACUAGCACCAGCAGUGGCCCAGCUACUGGUGUUGGCAUGGUCGCAGUUGCUGCCGCUGCCGCAGCGGCCUCAGCUGCUUCUGGGAAGACAGUUAGUACUCCUGAACUUCCCAGCUUAGAGACCUGGCUAUCUUUGAGUCAACCAAUUCUCCAUGGAAUCCUUUCUGUGAAACCAGGGUAUACUGGCGAAAGUGAAUUUAGCAAAAGAAAACCGGACCAACAAAAUGCUGCUAUGCCUGCCGUUGAAGGGAAUGCAGCAAAAGCUACUGAUUCCUUAGAAAAUGCCAUAUCUAUUUUGGAGAGUGGUAGAGGGCUGUGCGCCAAAUUUUCUACUUUGUGGUGUGAAAAAUCCCUUCCAAUCGCUAAAGAGAUUUAUCUGAAUGAGUUGCCACCCUGUUAUCCAACUUCACGGCAUGAAGCCCACUUGGAGAGGGCUCUGGUGGCUUUUAAGUCAAUGGUAAAAGGGCCUGCCGUGCAAAUUUACAUGAAAAAACUCAAGGAUGAAUGUACAUCCAUCUGGAGUUCUGGUAGACAAUUGUGUGAUGCUGUUAGUUUGACAGGAAAACCAUGCAUGCAUAAAAGACACAGUGUUGGAACUGAUGAUUUGCUUGUAACCGACAAGAUCAAGCCACAUUCCAGUGGAUUUGUAUUCCUUCAUGCAUGUGCAUGUGGUCGUUCAAGACAACUACGACCCGAUCCUUUUGAUUUUGAAACAGCCAACAUUUCUUUCAAUUGUUUUCCAGAAUGUGACAAGCUUCUUCCUGCACUACAUAUCCCUCAAGGUAGUGUUGAAGGGCCUAUUAAACCUUCUUGUUGGAGAUUGAUACGUGUUGGUGGUGCAAGGUACUAUAACCCUGCAAAAGGUCUACUCCAAAGUGGCUUUGGUACAACUCAGAAAUUCCUUUUAAAAUGGUCAAUUGCUCUUGGAAAACAGAAGAUAAGCAAUGGUUUGUCUUUGAGUAAUCAGCUACAAGUUUAUUCAAAUAAUUAAGUGGCAGCGACAAAAGAUGAAACCUCUUGCAGGUAAAGACACAAAGAAGGUUGGUGAUGCUCAUUUUCAGGCACAAGAAGUGCAGAGUGAAGUUGAAGUACCAAAAGGCAGCCUUUAUUAAACAAUAAAGCUAGUGACAAAAUGAUGGGAGUUUCCAACUCGACAAUGAGAAAACCUUUUUCUGAGGUGGUUGCUGGAUCAGCUGGAACACAUUCAGGGUUUCCUCCUCUUCAGACUAGAAAACAACCUCUGCCAGGUUCUGAGAAGGGAAUUAAGCAGCAUGAUACAAGAGAGAAGGGUUUGUCAAAGGCCAUGGAAAUUGCCAAUAAUCAAGGGUCUCAAAAACUUCCAAAUAUUGCUACUAUUGAUCAUGCAACCAAUGGGGUUGCAAUUAAUACUAAUGCUGAUGCAAAUAGUGAUCCACCAUUACAGAUAGGUAGCAAUGAUGUUCCAUUGAACAUGGCUACUGGAGUAAGGUGAGAGAAUUUAUUCCUCUGAAGCAUGUAUCGAUUUAUGUUGGGUUCGAGCAUGAGUGUCCCCAUGGGCACCGGUUUAUAUUGACGCCAGAUCAUCUCAAAGGCCUUGGUUCCCCUUAUGCAAUGCCUGAAGAAUCUCUUGUUACAUCAUCCAUUGAGAACUCAGAUCAUAAUAUGGCAGAUUCUUCUAAAUCUGGUAAGAAUGGUGGUCAUGCUAGGGCACGCAAACAGUCAAACGGAAUUAUUAACAAUGCUUUUCGCAUGACAAGUAAUCUGGAAGAGUCAAAAGUGAGAAGCACCAAUAAAAUUGUAUAUGAAAAUGGACAGAUGCAAGUUUCCAAUAUAUUAAGAGAACAAAAUCUCAGUGAAGCUAAAGGUACUUCUUCAGUGAUGGACCUUGCAGCUGGUUUUCAGUCUGUUAAUCUUGAUGAUGGUGGAACUGCUUUCUCCCUCUUGAAUAGAAGUCUACCCAUUUACAUGAACUGCCCUCACUGCAGGGAGUCAAGGAAGAAAAAAGAUACAAUGAAUGUUAAAUUUGCUAGCACUAUUUCACAGCUGCAAAGGAUCUUUUUGGUAUGAAAAAAUGUCUUUUAUCAUCUUAACAAUUAAGUGCGACUGUGAGUGUCUGAAUAUAUUUAUCUUCUCUUAGUAAACAGUUACAUGCCUCAUGUAAAAUUGAAUUUCUAUUCUUUGAUGCAUCAAUGCAAGUUUAAAGGUUUUCACAGGAUGAUUACUUGCCUAAUUGUACUUCCAGCGGCCAGUAAAGAUUACUUAAUACUUGUCUUGGUAAUGAAACUAGAUCUCUGGAAAAGUUUGUUAGGCUAUAACAUGUAUGAAGUCGGAGAUAAUAAAGGAAUAGCAUCUCUAAGAUAGAACUUAGAAAUGGGGUUGGUCAUGCAUAUUGAUAGUCAUCAGUGCGAAAUUAGUCCAAGCUUGUAAAUGAUAUUAUUCUUCUCUUUGCAUUUAUCUGACUCACUUUGUCAUAUCUUUAUCUUGUCUUCUUUUGGUAACUUAGAUUCAGAUUUAUACCACCAUGGUAAAGUGAAUUUUUAGAAGCACGUUUAAAUAAAAGUUACUGCAUUGCCAUGCAUGUCCAUGAGAGCCUUCUUUUAUACUUUCUACAUCACAUGUGAAUGGACACCCAAGGAGAUUAAUUACAUUAUUUUAUUCCCUAAGAUCUACAUUGCCAGUGUGGUUUUUAUGAAUUCAGAUACUGUUGAUAUGCUGUUGAUUAUUUUAUUGUGACUGCGCAUCUUAAUUAUUGUGUUGCUCAAUGUGUAGGUCACGCCUGCCUUUCCAGUCAUUUUAGCAGCCUGCCCAGUUGUGCAAUUUGAGGAUUCAUGCCUCCCUUCAACAGUCCCAGAUUGCAAAGAAAAGCUGCAAUUUGGCCUUGGCUGUCGGGUAAUUUUGCCUCCAGACAGUUUUCUCUCACUCAGGCUUCCCUUUGUUUAUGGUGUAAAGUUGGAUGAUGGAAAAGUGCAUCCUCUUACGCCUUUCGAGGAUCAACCGCAACUGACUGCCUGGAUUACCAAAGGCACCACAUUGCAGGUUGUAUCUCAAGGAAGCAAUCUUGCUGGAGGAGCUUACAUGUAGUGAAAUUUGGUGAACCUGAGGAGUGAUGAUAAAAAUAGUAUGGUUCACUUUGCGCUUUCCGAGGCAGAUUGCUCAGCUAGCCUGCUGUCUGGUAAAUAUUUUUUAUAACAAAUACGCUCUUUGCUGAAGUCCACAAUUAACUUUUGUUAAGAUGAUAGAAAGAAAGAAAAGGGUGAAGUUCAAAAUUUAUCCUAUGCGUUUGACAAAAACAAACUUAUUAAUUUUUUGUAUCUACAAUGUUUUGGCAAGUGAAUUAUUUCUUCUUGACCAAAUGAGACUAUUAAAGGUGACAGAAUCUCAUGAGUCAUGCACUAUAGUGCUUCCUUCUGCAUCUUAAAUGUGGCGUUAUGUGGAUGGAUCUAACCUGGUGCCUAUUUAAUGGAUUUAAUGGUAGUUGAUGUAUCUGAUUUUCACAAAGCAUCUUGUUUCUUACUCUAGAACAUGUAAUCUUGGGAAAGAUACCAUGAAAAAGGAAAUCCAUGGGUUUUAAAAUUAGUAAAUGUGAGAUGUAAGUGUGUGAAAUAUUGUAAGUGAUUAGCAUCUAUUAUAUGGCCCUAAGUUACUUUGCACUUUACCAUCUAGACUUCAUAAUAGUUGAUGUGGUGAAAUUUGAAAUUUCUUUCUUCAGCACUUUAGUUUAACUCCUGCAUAAUUCCUUCUUUUAAAAGCUAAUGAUUCUACUAUAAUUGAGCUUUGUACUUGAAUUUGUUCAAGUGUUCGUGUAUAGCGCUUUUAAAUAACUCAAGAGUUCUUACUAGUUGCUUUUAUGUCUGAUUGAAACAUGAAUCAAGUUAAGCAUUUUGAUGCAUAAAAAUUUUUUUUUCUGCACUUAAAAGAGUUGGAUAUACAUAGUUAGAGGUCAAUAAAGUCCAGCAAUUGCCAGGAAUUCCAAGUUUGUAACUUUAAUUUAGUGGUUUUUCAGAUAAUUGGAUUGACCUGUGCCUCAAUCAUGUUGAGAUCACAUUGUCAUGCUGCUAUUCAUGGACCCAUGGUAGAUGACACUUGUGCGGGUGGCAGAAACCUUUGGUACAAUUCCUUUAUCCUUUUUUAUUUUUUGAACCUGAUCAUAAACUAUGAGAAGCCAACAAUGUUGGGUUAAUUCUUAGUACAUUAGAGCUAUCCUGUUGUGUGGCUUGGGCACUCAAUUUCUUCGAAAGUAAACUAGUUAUGCAUGUCUGUGUAAGUAAUCAGUCAGGCGGGAAGGUUUCAACUCAUGCCAUCUUUUUUCUUUUUUUGGGGAAUGCGUGCUAUAUAUUUGCCUUCUCAAAUCUCAAUUCCUUUUCAACUUGUAGUUCUAGCGUGUUUGCAUAAGAGUUCUUUAGUAUUUAGUGAGGGGGAACACGAAAGUAAAAACAAGUCGAAUGGAGUCAAAAAGAAGAACAGCAGUAUUGAUGGAUGGAACAAUUACUUUUAGUUGCUUACACUAAGGUUCAGGUUAAUCUUCCUGCAUCUGCAGAAUACAAUUUGUUAGCAGUAUGCUACUAGAAAAUAUUCUCAGUAAUGUUCCUUCAACUAUUUGCUAAUUGCCAUUUAUGCCAACGUUUUUGGUUCUUGUUCUUGUUUUUAUGUACAUGGAGAGGGUGUGUGUUGCCUGAGCUGAUGCAUCAGUUAAAUCAGGGGAUUGCAAGCUAUGACAAAGCACAAUUUUCUGCCAGAAUGAAUUCAGCCGGUUGCUCAAAAGCCUCAAGUUCCAAUGGAAGGAUUAGGGAGGGGGCAACUGCCUUAUCCCAUCUGAAGAAGUUCCCUCUCCGAGAGGUCCAUUCCUAGGAGGAUCUGCUUAAUCAUAUUGAUGGCAACUUGGGCAUGCCACAUUUGAAUAAAGGAUGUGAAAAAUGCAGUUUUCAUUAGUUCUUCUGCGGAUGGCUUCAUACUGACUUGUCAAUUUACCUGUCACAUUUGUAUUUCAUUUUCUUUUGCAAAAUGAAUGCAUGGGAAGUUAUUGCGUCCAA